AGAGCUGAGAAGAACACAAAUCUAAGACCACGAGAGCUGAGAAGAACACAAAUCUAAGACUACGACUACAGUAGCACACGCUACCAGGUACCACCACCACAAUGAUGACACGCAUUGAUCUCAAGGAAGCCACCCAAAAGAAAGCCAAGCUAGAAGCCAAGCAAGCCACCAAGAAAUCCGCCACAUUCAUGGAUCUAGAGGAUGACCUCUGGGUUGGCGGCGUUUUCCCUUUUCUUGGCAUGGGCCACUAUGCCUUUGCGGGACUCGUCAACAAACAAUUCAACAAAAAUUACAAAGCGUACUGUGCCACUGUGGAAGAUCCUCCUGUCGUGCAUUACAAUGGAAUUUUGCCAGGACCUUUCGAGCUCGAUCUUUGCUCGGCAAAAAUGACUGACACAAUCUCCAGUGCGACAUUCUACAAUGAAGCAUGUGCCGAGCAUUGGCACAACGAUAGUUCCACAGACAGACAAGGUUCCUCCUAAUGAUCGUGUAUGCACAGCUAUUGCCGGACAUGGGAAUGCCAGAGUUCUCAAGUGAGCCCGCAACAAGGGCUUUCCAUGGGACGAAAGGACCUGUGCUAAAGCUGCCAAACAUGGAAAUUUGGAAACGCUCCAGUUUGCUCGGGCAAAUGGCUGUGAUUGGGAUUAUCAUACAUGCACGAAGGCUGCUGGGAAUGGUCAUUUCGAUCUUUUGAAAUGGGCACGGGCCAAUGGAUGUGACUGGCGCUCAACGGCGUGUCAUGCUGCUGCCAAAGGUGGUCAUUUUGACGUCCUGAAGUAUUUGCAUGAGAAAGGCUGCUACAUGGAUGUCGACUCCAUUUGUGCUGCUGCUGCUCGUAGUGGCCAUGUUGAUGUCCUCAAGUGGCUUGUCCAAGAGGAAUGUACCAUCAAUCAAUACACUUGCGCCGCCGCUGCGGAAGGCGGGCACCUCCAUAUUCUCAUCUGGCUCCGUGAACGUGCGACACCAUGCCCUUGGGAUGCCAGAACCUGUGCCAUGGCCGUAAUUGCUGGUCACGUGCAGGUGAUCAAGUGGGCUCGAGAAAAUGGGUGCCCGUGGAACCAAGAAGAAUGUUGGCGUGCUGCCAUCCGUAAAGGACAUUUGAACAUACUCAAAUGGGCUCGUGAGAAUGGCUAUCAGUGGGGUGCAAAAACAUGCUCCCUUGCUGCUGAAUUGGGGCGAUGGGAGAUUCUGAAGUGGGCUCGUGCGAAUAACUGUCCUUGGGAUGAGCAAACGUGUGCAUAUGCUGCCAAAAAGGGGCCUUUGGAUGCAUUGAAAUGGGCGCGUCAAAACGGAUGCCCCUGGGAUGAACGCACAACUUGUUGGGCCUAUUUAGCAUAUCAGCAUCAAAUUCUGGAAUGGGCGGUGGCCCAGGGCUGCCCGUUUGACGAAGAGGCAGCCAUUGAGACUAGACGUCAAGAGGAGGAGCAUCUGGAGCGAUGGUUUGAAGAUGUGAAGGCAAUCGUCAGGCGUGGGUGUGGGCGUGGGCGUGGGCGUAGACGUAGACAAGUUUAGAGUAGGUGGGUGGAUCAUCUACUCAAGCCUGCUCUGGAUCUUUACGCUUGACGGGAAAUCCCUCGUAUCCACCACAGCUCUAGUCGCCAAGAUGUAGACUAUAACAACGUAGUAUUACGAAAGGAGACUGCAAUCAAAAAGGUAGGUAGACGAGCCACUAAACGGCAUCAUGGGAAAAUGAUGUGCCCCAAACA